AUGUCUACUAAACACAGGCACAACACUUACUGGUUUAUCUCUGUUCCUGCUGAAAAAAAUAAAUCAGCCGUUUACGAAAAUUUAAAGUCAAAGUUAACCGGUUCAGGUUCUGAUUACGCCGAAGUAUACCAAUUCAUAAUCCCAGAAUUUAAGAUUGGAACACUUGACGCACUCGUCGUUAUUUCAGACGAACUCAUAAAAUAUGAUCAAUCUUUUGAAUCAACAACCUUCAAGAUUGUCGAUAUUCUUCGCAACCUUUUAAAGGGGGAUUUGAACCAAGUUGCAGAAAAUUUGAUCGUGAAUGAUAAAACUGUCGAACAAUAUUUGAAGACCUUUCAGUGGGACACAUUGAAAUUUCGAGCCGAGAAAUCUCUUCAGGAAAUAGCUCAAAUCAUUAACAAGGAAGUGACAAGAAUCGAUACCAUGAUGAAGGCCAAAUCUACUCAUUAUAGCCAGGUUAGAAGCAAUCUUCAGGCUUUGGAACGAAAGCAAACUGGAAAUUUAGCGGUACGCAACGUUGCAGAUGUUGUUAAAAAGGAACAUUUCGUUUUGGACUCGGAAUAUUUGGAGACUUUGGUUGUAGCGGUUCCCAAGAAUCUUUACAAAGAGUGGUUUGCCAAAUAUGAGCGUAUUACGGAUAAGAUUGUACCACGUUCUUCCCAGAAAAUUGCGGAAGAUAAUGACUUUGGAUUGUUUACCGUAACUCUCUUUAAGAAAGUUAGUAACGAAUUUGCGAACAAAUGUCGAGAAGAAAAGUUCGUUGUAAGAGAUUUCAAAUACGAUGAAAGUGAUAUGGAAAAUCAGCGCAAAGAAUAUGAGGAGGUUGGAGCUGUAGAAAAAGAGUUAUCGGAAAAUUUAUUAAGAUUGGCCACUGCAAAUUUCGGAGAAGUAUUCUCAUCAUGGAUUCAUCUCAAAGCAUUGAGAGUUUAUGUUGAGUCUGUUUUACGUUACGGAUUACCACCGGAUUUUAUGUCAGCUAUUAUUAGGCCAAAAUAUAAGAUGGAUAAAAAAAUAAGGGAGAUACUAAAUAAUCAAUACGGGAAACUUGGUGGUACACUUAGCCGUGAUGAAAAUAAUGAUAUUGAAGAAUAUCAAAAUUUGAUCGAUAAAGAUUAUUACCCUUAUGUAUAUUUCUAUCUCGAAUUUGACAUUUAUAAACGAUAG